CAAGAGCAGGUACGGCGGUGGGCAUGGGAGAGCCGGAGCCGGAGUCAGAGCAGAUCCGUCUGAAGUGCAUCCGUAAGGAAGGUUUCUUCACCGUGCCUCCGGAACAUAGGCUGGGACGAUGCCGGAGUGUGAAAGAGUUCGAGAAGCUGAACCGCAUUGGAGAAGGCACCUACGGCAUCGUGUAUCGGGCCCGGGACACCCAGACGGAUGAGGUUGUUGCCCUAAAGAAGGUGCGGAUGGACAAGGAGAAGGACGGGAUCCCUAUCAGCAGUCUGCGGGAGAUCACGCUGCUCCUGCGCCUCCGCCACCCCAACAUCGUGGAGCUGAAGGAGGUGGUUGUGGGAAACCACCUGGAGAGCAUCUUCCUUGUGAUGGGUUACUGUGAGCAGGACCUGGCCAGCCUCCUGGAGAACAUGCCAACACCCUUCUCAGAGGCCCAGGUCAAGUGCAUCAUCCUGCAGGUGCUCAGGGGACUCCAGUACCUGCACAGGAACUUUGUCAUCCACAGGGACCUGAAGGUCUCCAACCUGCUUAUGACAGACAAGGGCUGUGUGAAGACAGCGGACUUUGGGUUGGCCCGGGCUUAUGGUGUCCCUGUAAAGCCAAUGACCCCCAAGGUGGUCACCCUGUGGUACCGAGCCCCCGAGCUGCUGCUGGGAACCCCCACACAGACCACCAGUAUCGACAUGUGGGCUGUAGGCUGCAUCCUGGCAGAGCUGCUGGCCCACAAGCCGCUUCUCCCGGGCUCAUCGGAGAUCCACCAGAUUGACCUUAUUGUGCAGCUGCUGGGGACACCCAGCGAGAACAUCUGGCCGGUGGGUACCAGGGCUGGCCCACCCACCUUCCCCAUCUGCCUGGAUUACCUGCUUUCCACCUGCCAUACAGGUUUCUCCACCCAUCUGCCUGGCCCAUCUGAUGCCCACCCCUCCCUCUGCCCACCUACCUUCCCCAACCUGCAGGGCUUUUCGAAGCUGCCACUAGCCAGCCAGUACAGCCUGAGGAAGCAGCCCUACAAUAACCUCAAGCACAAGUUCCCGUGGCUCUCGGAGGCUGGGCUGCGCCUGCUCAAUUUCCUCUUCAUGUAUGACCCCAAAAAGAGGGCGACUGCUGGGGACUGCCUGGAGAGCUCCUACUUCAAGGAAAAGCCCCUGCCCUGCGAGCCGGAGCUUAUGCCCACCUUCCCCCACCACCGCAACAAGCGGGCUGCCCCUGCCACCGAGGGUCCAAGCAAGCGUGGCAGGCUCUGAUGGGUCAGAGCCCAGGACCA